AUAAAAAUAAAAUAAACCAGACCUGAACUCACCACUGCAACUUCUUUCUCAACAGAAAAAACCCUAAUCAAAACCACACUGAAGUCCACCAUAAGUUGCACCGGAACCGGAGGCAGAGGCCACCUUGAAGAUGUCGUCGACUCUAUUAGAGGUGACUCGAGCCUCUCACGAGGAAGUAGAGAGACUCGAACGGCUUAUCGUUAAAGAUCUCCAAAAUGAACCAGCAAACAACAAGGACCGUCUUUUUCAAAGCCACCGUGUUCGUAACAUGAUCGAAAAUAUCAUUUCUACUACUGAGAAACUCGUUGAGAUUUAUGAAGAUAAAGAUAAUGCGAGGAAAGAUGAGAUUGCGGCGCUUGGUGGACAAACGGCGACUGGAACCAAUGUGUUUAGUGCUUUUUAUGAUAGAUUAAAAGAGAUUCGAGAGUAUCAUAGAAGGCAUCCAGCGGCCCGUGUCGUAGUUGAUGCUAAUGAGGAUUAUGAGGGAAUGCUUAAAGAGGAACCAGUUAUUGAGUUUACUGGUGAGGAAGCAUUUGGGAAAUACUUAGACAUGCAUGAAUUGUAUAACCAGUUCAAUAAUUUAAAAUUCGAGAAGCCUAUUGAAUACUCUACUUACCUUGACAUUUUCUCCCAACCACAUAAUAUACCCCGUAAAGUGAAGUUUACAAGGCAAUACAGGGAAUACAUGGAGAAUUUACUUGAAUAUUUAGUUUAUUUUUUCCAGCGUACAGAGCCCUUGCAAGAUCUUGAUAGGAUUUUGUCAAAGGUUACUGCUGAAUUUGAAGAGCAAUGGGAAAAUGGCAUGGUACAAGGAUGGGAAAAGAAUGCUCAAGAAAAUGGGCAUGUGCCAGCUGAUCAUACUGUUAUUGAUCUUGAUUUUUACAGCACUGUUGAGGAGCUUAAAGAAGUGGGCCCUGAAAAAUUGAAGGAGGCACUGGCUGCAUUGGGGCUCAAGAGUGGCGGUACCAUUCAGCAGCGUGCUGAAAGGCUUUUUCUCACGAAGCAUACACCUCUUGAAAAGUUGGACAAGAAACAUUUUGUGAAAGGUUCACAUGCAUCAGAACUGAAUGGAGGUGCUAUGAACUCAAAAGUUGUUGUCAAUUCAAAAGAAAUUGCCCUGAUGGAGACCAAAAUGAAUAAAUUGUGUGAUUUACUGGAUGAGACAAUUGUACGAACAAAAGAAAAUGUUGUGAAGAAGCAGGCUUUGACAUAUGAUGAAAUGGAAGCAGAACGUGAGGAGGAAGAGACACAGGCUGACACUGAAAGUGAUGAUGAAGAACAACAGAUUUACAAUCCCCUCAAGUUGCCAAUGGGUUGGGAUGGGAAGCCUAUACCUUAUUGGCUGUAUAAACUUCAUGGUCUUGGUCAGGAAUUUAAGUGCGAGAUAUGUGGGAACUAUAGUUACUGGGGUCGUAGAGCAUUUGAGCGGCAUUUCAAGGAAUGGCGUCAUCAGCAUGGAAUGCGUUGCCUUGGCAUCCCAAACACCAAGAACUUCAAUGAGAUCACAUCGAUUGAGGAAGCACAAGAAUUGUGGAAGAGGAUACAAGCACGGCAAGGAGUGAACAAGUGGCGCCCAGAUCUCGAGGAAGAAUAUGAAGAUAAAGAGGGCAACAUUUACAAUAAAAAGACAUAUACUGAUCUGCAGCGCCAGGGACUGAUUUGAAGUACAAUAUACUGCCAGAAAAGCAUCCUUAUGAUUUUGAAUUUUUGUGAUGCCAGAAGUUUGUGUUUUAUGUGUCAUCGAUGAUGACAAGAGCACAACUUGCCACCUGAAGCUAGAAGCGGCAAAUCAGCUGACUGGGAUCAAGGUAUUAAAUUUUGCUAUCCAGUAAUUACUAGCUUAUUGAAUUAAGCAGCAGCUUGUAUUAAAAAAAGUUCGCGAGUUACAUCAUUACUUGCAGCAACAACCUUGAGUUGCAGGGCAUUAAGCAACAAAGCUGUAUCUAAGCUGAAUGACCUUUAGUAUUAUCCAGUCAGGCAUGGAUAGAUAACUGGAUUUUAAAGAUCAAUUUUACACUCGAACGGAAAAGUCAUUUGAUGA